AUGCAGGUGACAUUUAGUUCCCUGUUGGUUUGGAUAACAAUUUUAUCUAGUUCCUACUGGUACCACAGCCCCAAGAUGAAAGAAUUGGUGCAGUUCCGUGAUGCCAUCAUUGAUUCCUGUGUCCUUUAUGCCAACGACCUGGAAUCCUGUAUGUAUAAUUUGCAACGUCAGCUGUUCAAUAAAAAGAAAGCAAGAUCACACCUGUCUUUCAAUAAACUGUCACGUUCUUAUCACAACAGGUCCAUCCAAUGCUCAUAUUUCUACAAGGGACAUAACUCUUCCCACUCACUUCCUUUCAUUUAUUCUAAAUCAUCUCACCAAUCUAUGACUGACACUUCUAAAAGAUAUCUUACCGAGGAAAAAGCCUUUCUAAUUGCUGGUAAUUAUGAAAAACUAUCCAAACAGCAGUUGGACAGCAAUGAGUUGAUCCAGUCAUUGUCUGCUCGCAUCGAGGACUAUGAGACAGAAUUACGUGCCAUGAAGACAUACAUGGAGAUUCUUCACAAGUCAUUGGAUUAUGCUAUUGGCAACAUGACUCAGCAGAGUGGGAACCUGGACAAAUUAGCUGUAAAAGACUCUUCAAUUGAAGCUCAGAUGAGGUUCAUUCAGGAUGCUGUUAAGAUGAGCCAGCUUCAUUUGCGACAUAGUAUUCACAUGCAAAAGAACUCAUCAGAAUGGUUAAAAGCCUCACUGAAUAAUCUUACACAUUCUGAGCAGAAGAUUAUUGAUUUAUACCAACAUUUGUUCCAACUGCAAAUCAAAGAAGAACAGUCAAGAACAGAGCCUUUCAAUUUUGAUGAAUUCAAACUGCUGUUUUAUUUGUUGGCUUUAGGAGAAUUGCUGUUAUUUUUUCUUUUGGUAUGCAUGUUCUGUCGAAGGUCAAAUGUUGCUGACAUCAAUGACAAUAUUAAAACAACAUUCACAUUGUCUCCUCGAAAUGGUUUUGAAUGCAAACCAAAUCAGAUAUCAUCAGAGACCAUUUUAGAUGAGAUUCGUCAGAGGCAAUUAGGUGACUUUGUGUGUUCUUUGUCAUUCACCAAUCGUAACCAACUCCACCAAGAACUCACAGCCCAAAUACAGAGAGAAAUUCCUGAUUUACAGGUGGAAUAUUUCCGAGUGGAGUACCUCAAUGACAUCCCAUCUUUACCAUGGGCAAAAACAUUUUUGAUAUUUUUUGACUUGAAACAGAAGAAUGGUAUUGAUCCCAUUAAGGGUACAGAUGAUAUUAAACUGAUCGUUGUAAAGGCUGUGCAAAGAAUGGGAGCGGACAUUUUCAUGAUUUUUACUGGGGAUGAGAAUUCCUGCCAACUGCAGAACAGUGAAGCUUUAUAUCAUCGAAGUUUAAAAUUCCUGAAGACAUAUCAUGACAUUGCUCGUCUCAUGUCCUGUAAACGGGUCAUCAGUCUCAAAGAUUCACUUUUCCAACACCAACUCGAUCACAUCACAAAUGCUAUCAGUGUCUGGCAUGAAAGCUUGUACUAA